GUGGAAAAAUGUGUCGCCCCACCCGUCACUUUAGCCGGGCUCCAGCCGGAUUAAACCAAAUUAUACGCACUUUUAUUUUCCAUACCCGUCACAUUUUCCCCCCGUCUACUGACAAUCCAAUUUUCCUUUUUUGUCCCCAACUACGAUUUGACAAUCCAAACUGCUUAAUAAGAGAUGCAUUUUUGACUGCAGUAAUGGCCUUUUAUUCAUAAAAGGUUCCAUUUAAAUUCACAAAAGAGAUCUUCUCAAGUAACACUUGAAUGCAUAUUAAUACCUACAAUUUCCGCCUGCUGACAAUAGCCCAUUGAUUUUCAGUCCGCUUUAUGACUCAAAUUUCUUCUACUACAAAGAAUUUUUUUCAACUAAUUCUUACGUUUUUAUAUCUCACACUGACUGAUGGAUUGCAAUCUGAUUGCUGGCUGUUCAUAAAUUAUCUGCUUUAAUUUUCCCAAAUUGAAAGUACUUAUCAAUCAGCACGUACUUCUAAGUCCUAAAUUACUUUUUGAUAACAUUUAUUUUUAAAUUUGGUUUCCGUUAAACUUCAGAGGCUCCAACACAGCGUUGGAAGAAGACGCAAAAUCGAAAGUUUUUAUAGCGAAGGAAAUUGGAACUUUGACUGCACCUGAACCAGAAUUAAUUUUUCAGAAGAGCUCCCAUUUUCAAUUUCCCGUUAAUUCCAAACAAAUUAAUUUUGCGCCCUCAAAAUUGGCUGAAAAGACAACGAAGCAAAUUCGUGAAAAAGCAAGCGGUUAUUAUAGAAAUAUUUGACAACAGGGGAAUAAUGUGAAUGAAAUUAUGAAAUCGUGACAGGAGAUUAAUUUAUGUUCAUUCUAUACGUCACACAGGGGACGAAACUUCACUCAAAAUCCCAAAGGUAACACCCACACUUUACAACAAUUCCAUCGGUCCACCAUCAUCAUCAGCAGCACAUCUGAUCCCCACUUUCAGUUCCUUAUCGCCAUUUAGGUAUUGUUACAUCACUAUUGCAUAACAUUAUAAUAUUACAUCAGCAUUGCGUAAGAUUAAACUGGAUAAACUGCCUUUUAGUUCCGAUGAUUCAUGUUGAUGCUGUUAUUCAAAACCAAAAAGUGAUGAGAGAGUUUCAAAUUGUUCAUCAGAUGUUACUGCAAUUUCUGAUAGAAAACUGAAAAAAAAGAAGAAAAACGAGAAAAAAGCGGAGAAUUUGGUCUCAGUUGUUUUUUUGUUGUCUGUUUUGAUCGUGGCACGGGUCCCUCGUUUAAUAGCGGCUCGUCUGCUCAUAUUGGCGGACUGAUUGAGAUUUAUUGAGGAGUGUACACCUGUGUUUGAAUUGUUCUCCCGCAAUCGACCGAAUUACCCUGUCAUAACCUGAUUAAUUGCUGUCAUAAGACGCAUCUGAUCUAGCCAAAUUUACGAUCCCCUCAACCAACCAGACAUUAUUCGAAGCCAACCACCGGUCGAUCGAAGAAACCCUUCCGCAUUUCUACUUUCGCAAGGAGUUUUUUUUUAGAUCUGUGCAAAAGCCAUUUUGAUAGUUUGAAUUUAUUGAUUGGAAAAGAGAAAAAGGAUUUAAAAAAGCCGUAUUACAUUACGAUGCAGUGUGCGCUUUUAUAUCCAAGCAUUAAAUCGCUGACAACAAUUCAUAUUUUAUUAUAAAACUGGUAAAACUGAUCGGUAAAGAGAAAUCUACCUUCUAGUCUCCUUAAUCCAUUGUUCCUCGUUUUUAUUUAACACGCCGCCAAUUCAAUUUAUUUUCCUAGCUAUAAAAUCAAAUAGUUCCAGCUCCAAUUUCUUCCAACCAGUUGAUCCAAACAAACCACUUUGCUCCCUUUGUUUACUUUUUCGUCGUAAAGAAAAAGUUCUCGUUAUCAACAAUCGUAUCUCAUAUCUGGUGGAAGUAUUUCAACAACCCGAACUUCACAACGCAGAUCCUUCGUACAUAUUUUGGCUCAAUUUCAUUCAUUUGCAAACUGAAAUAUUUUCAAUUUGAGAGAUUUGUAAAACGUAAACUUCGAAAGCAUUCUUGAUAGACACUAUUUUGCUAUCCGAAUUUAAAAAAUGAAAUUUAUGGCAGCAAAUCAGUUAAAGUCUGUGUCGGUUUGCGAUUACCCUGACAACCCACGCAAAUCUAACACCGCCUCCUUCGGCCGUGUUCAGGUUCGGGGUCACUAUAAUGAAACGGGAUCAAUAAGACGACCCGCGAAUGUUUCCGUGACCUUUGACCGGUCAAAUAAUAGUCUUUUGUUACUGUCAGGAGCCCUGAUUCUCAGCCUAUUCGCAAUAGUUACCAUAUCACAGAGGAUUUCAAUCAUGAGGAAUGACAACAUGCAAAGUGACCAAUUGAAUCUCGAGGAGUGGAGUGCCUCGAUAUUUUUUCCAAGCAAGAUGAUGAAAAGGAUGCCGCAGGGGUUCUCUAACGAGGAGUUUAAACAGUGGAAAGACGAAAUCAGCAGGUCACGUGUUGUGGGCGUGGAGAAGGGUUGUGGUCGGAUGAAGAACAGACUGCUGCACUUGGAGGGGGGAGGGCGAGUGUGUUGCAGGUAUAGACAGAACCAGGAUCAGAUCCAGGGGGAGGUCUUCUCGUUCUAUCUCAGCCGUGCGAUUGGUAUUAACAAAGUUGCCCCAACCAAACUCUCGGUUUUCAACGCGUCCGAUCCUUUCUGGUCAGAUGUUGCCCCUCAGCUGCUCAAAAAUGAAAACGAGGGCGAAGGGGGCUGGGAGGAGGGAAAAUUGGUCAUCCUUACCAAGUUCAUCGACUACCUUCAUCCUGUCAAUAUACCCUUAUACUUCCAGACAGAUCAGAACUCCGUCGCUGAUUGGUCAACUUUGGCCUCUUUGCCAACGAUUUUGUCCAAUCAGAGCUCAGUAUCUUUGAACUCAGUUGAAAUAGCAGAAUUAGCCCAGUGGUCCGACAUGGUAGUUUUCGACUAUCUAACUGCGAACUUAGAUCGAGUCGUUAACAAUCUGAACAAUUUGAAAUGGAACUCAAGAAUGUUGCAGUAUCCCAUACACAAUUUGCAGCAACGAAACUCCGAUAACCUUUAUCUGUUAUUUGACAACGAAUCAGGUCUGCUUCAUAGUUACAGAAUACUAGACAAGUUUAGUCAUUAUCACGACCAGCUUUUGAGCUCAGUUUGCUUGUUUUCUCCCCAAACCGUGGCCAACAUCGAACGACACGCCAGCAACUCUAGUCUGUGGUCUUCCAUGUACCAAGAUUUCCAAGCCGAAGAGUCCCUCAGCCGAAAAUUGCCCAAGUUGCCGUCCCGAUUCGUCUCCAUUCUGCACAGUCGGCUGAAUAGCACUAGAGAGCAAUUUGCACAUUGCGAAACUCGGUUGAAAAAUAACAAAUAAAUCGUUUAUGUUUGUUUCUGUUAAAUGUUUAGCCAAUCUGUAAUGAACGUCAAUGAUUCAUGUUUCUUCGUAUAUUUCAAAUAGUGUAGAGUAUAUUUUUGAAAUUAAUCUCAAUUUUUUUCUUAUUUGGUGCUAUUUUGAAUGUUUUAAAUAAAUUAUUAAACAUGUUAUUCUCAUGAUUUUAACAUCAUAUAAAUGCGCA